AUGAAGAGCUACUUGGGGGACAUGAUAAAUCUACAAGAGUGGUCAAAGUGGGAUGAUUAUAGAACUGUGGAAACUGUGGAGUACAUAGAGUACUUGAAUUUUGGACCUGGAUCAGAUACAAGGCACAUGGUCAAAUGGGGAGGCUAUAAAAAGAAUUGCAGUGAAGAGAUUGCAGGGCAGUUUACAGUUGGUUUGUUCUUACCUGGAGCAGGAGAAGGAGACAGGGAGAUGGAGAGCAAAGGGUGGAGAGCGAGGGCAGAGGGGGAGAGAGACGGAGUAAGGAAGAGGGAUGAAAAGUUGCAGAAAAAAGAAAAAAGGAAUUUUCAUUAA